UCGAGGCGAGUUCAGUCGACGCGGAUCCUCGCAAGUGAGCAGAGUGGCGACGUCGAGCUCUUCCUUCCUCGAAAGAUGCGCGUGGUCGUUUCAGUCUUUUGGAUGGUGGCAGGGACGGCGUGGGCGCUGGAGGAAAACAGCGUGGACAACCUGUACGACGAGCAUUUUCCUCCUCUUCACCCGAACUGCACCCAGGUAGCUUCAGUGAACAAGGAAAGGAGUCUCACAGACCUUCUCUUGCUGCGCCUAGAAGUCCAGCUGAGAGAACUGAAGCAGGCCGAGCAAGCGUCUGCAGGGAUCUUGAGGGAGAUGGCGGACAUCUUGACUGACAAUAAGGUUUCCUUCAUGUCUAGAGAAGUAUCCUGUCCUGGUAACUUCAGAAAAUUCGGCGACACUUGUCUGUAUCUUGCCAAAGAGACCGACCUGACUUGGGAAGCUGCUCGAGUCUUGUCAAGACUUGGGAGAGAUUUGCCGUGUUUCGAGAAACGCGUUCGCAGAGGCUCUCAGAUACGUCAAAAGUUCAGGCAAGUUUCUACUUUUGACAUUUAUUAUUUGUCAUUACUUUGCGUCCUGAAUUAG